UGUGAGGAGGGAGAGCCGCGAGCGGAGGGAGGGCUCCUCGCUUUUGGUUGUUUGUUGAAGUUUCGUUUAAAGCCGCGCAGGGCUGGGGGAAGGGAAGGUUUGUCACACUCAAGAUGGAGGGAUAGUGGCCAGGCACUGCUGAGGGGAGACAUCUUCAGCCAGAGGGCAAAGUCCAGGCCGCUUUCCCGGGCUUGUCCCCGCGCGCUGCUGGGGUGGGAGCCCACAGGCUUGUGCCCUCAGCACCUUAGGCUCUUGGGUCAGGUGCCCCCUCAGAGGCAGUAAGGAGCAGUGUGGGGCUCAGCAUGGUGGGAGUGGGUCCAGCCACCACAUAGAGAGACUCGUGUGUGGUGGGGAAGGUAAAAGUGCCCCCUUCUCCCUGUGAACAUGGCGGGCAGGCCUACUCCUGCCUGCGUGCUGGGCAUAGACCUGGGCACGACAUCGGUUAAGGCAGCCCUGCUAGUAGGGGCAGGGCAAGGGCAGGUGGUGGCAGAGAGCUGCUCCAGGGAGACGCAGGCGCACACCAGUAGCCUGGAAGCUGGACCACAGGGAAUGGAGCAGAAUGUCCGAAGAAUAAUAAGAGCAUUGAAUGAAUGCCUUGCUGCUCUACCUCAGCAGCAGCUUCAGAGAGUCAGUCACAUUGGCAUUUCAGGACAAAUGCACGGGAUUGUAUUUUGGAAAAAAGAUAAAGGUUGCAAGUGGACAGAGUGUGGUACAGGCCCUGCCUUUGAGCCGGAGGAGGUCAGUCAUCUGAUUACUUGGCAAGACGGCCGCUGCAGUCCCACCUUCCUCUCUUCUCUUCCUUUGCCACAGUCACAUAUAAGCUUGGCUACAGGAUUUGGAUGUGCCACAGUCUACUGGUAUUUAAAGAAGAGUCCAGAUUUUCUGAAGUCUUAUGAUGCAGCUGGCACUAUCCAUGACUAUGUGGUUGCCAUGUUGUGUGACCUGAAGAAGCCUCUCAUGUCCGUCCAGAAUGCUGCCAGCUGGGGAUAUUUUAAUUCCAGGAACAAAAGCUGGAACACUGACAUAUUGAAAAAAUCCGGCUUUCCUGUUCACUUGCUUCCAGAGGUGGGAGACCCUGGCAGUACUGCAGGCAGGACAAUCUGUGCAUGGCAUGGCAUACCCAAAGGAGCAAUAGUAGGAGUUGCUCUGGGAGAUUUCCAGUGCUCUGUUUAUUCCUGUCUGACUGAGAGGACUGAUGCAGUUCUUAAUAUCAGUACCUCUGCUCAGCUGACUAUCUCAAUGCCCCCGGGUUUCCAGCCUCCAGAGACACCAGAUCCUUCCUCAGCUGUUACUUAUUUUCCCUACUUCAAUGGUGACUACUUGGCAGUGGCAGCAUCACUUAAUGGAGGCAAUGUGCUAGCAACAUUUGUGGACAUGGUGGCACGGUGGACAGAAGAGCUAGGACUUCAGGUUCAGGAGUCUGCCAUCUAUACAAAGAUAAUCAAAGCAGCCUUGGCCCAAAACGACAGCAAACUCUCAGUCCACCCAACCAUAUUUGGAGAGAGACACAUUCCCGAGCAGUUGGCGUCAGUGAGCAAUAUUGCUGUCUCUGACCUCUCCCUGGGUCACGUAACCAGAGCUCUGUGCCGUGGCAUCGUUGAAAAUCUCUGUUCCAUGUUACCUGUGCAGCGCCUGAUGGAGACGGGAGUGAGGAGGAUUCUGGGGAGCGGGAGUGCCCUUGCCAGGAAUGAGGUGCUGAGGCAGGAAGUGGAAAGGAUUUUUCCAUUCCCUGUGGUUUAUGGGAAGGAUGUUGAUGCUGCUGUGGGGGCUGCCAUGGUGAUGUUCCACAGAAAAUAAAGUCAUUGUUUGGAAUGGCCUGAGAUGGAGCUCCUUUUUUUCUUUUUUUUUUUCUGGCUGUACAUUUUUUCCUUUCACCUCCUUCACUUUUUCUGGACUUGUAUUCAACAUGCCAUCUCACUCAUUACAGUGGAAAAUAAAAGCUUGCAUUUAAUGUCCAAUUCUGCUUCUGGGUGUACACAUUUCAUUGCUCUGUCUUUUCCAUUUGUGAAAUGAGAAGUAAUUAUCACAUUAAAUUUGACUGAGUGACUAGGAAAGAUCCAUUAACUUUCUGCAUAAAAUGAUACUUCAUGCGAGGCUCAUUUUCCUGCUAGGAAGGACUAGGAGAGAUGAGUAGCUGUCUGUAACUUAGUCUGAUGCUUGCAUUAGAGGCUUCUUGUCCUUAAGCUGUCUCACAAUAUACAUACAUAUAGGCAGCAGACCAGGAUGUCAACCUUGUUUGGGGAGUUCGGUGGCUCUCGCACAGAAUGAAUGCCAGUUUUCACAUGUUGCAUGCUGUCUCUGUAAAAGACGGAGUACAACCUUGGCUUGAACGUCAACAAAACAAUCAAAAUAAAACACGGAGAAAUUUUUCUGUGGCUACCAAGGUCAGGUGCCAUGGACUAAGAUCAAAGUCAUUGCUAAGCCAAUACCAUGUUUGGAGAUGUCUGGAAUGCAGUGCUUAUAUCCAAGUGGAAAAUAAAUUUAUAGGGUGGGAGGUGACUAUUUUCCUUAUUUGGCAUACAUGAUUAUUUUACA